AUUGCUACUACUAUAGUACUCCAGUUCCCUGCCGAAUCAUUGGGGACUCGUGAUAUCUCCGCGAGGUGGGCAGAAGAACAAGAACUCCUUGGAGUCGUCACGCUAAGGUUAGGUGGUUUGCCAAAGGUCUCUGUUUUCCACACGUUCUUUUGCACUACAGUGAGCGCAGUGCAGAAACUGUACAAUAACCGCCCACCACUACUUAGAUUGGGCAGUGGACACACGUAUUUGGGUAUUUGGGUCCAGUCGACUUUUGAGGCUGUGGAAAUGGACGGAUCACAGGAACAGGAACAGGAGCAGGCUCAGACCAAGGCUCAGGAUCAGCCUAAGACUGACGCAGAAGAGUUCCAACAGUAUCGAGUCAAAAGUACCGCCUACUCCCUCACUGCAUCACAGGUCCCUCGUCUCCUAGAGGCCAAAUUGGGCCCUCUGAUGCCCUGCUCCCUCCCACUGUACAGGAGGAUCCAGUUCCAUUUGAGUCGACAGCAGCAGCCGAUCUUUGAGUCGUCGACCACAAAGGUCUUUGUGGCCGUUGCUGCGGAUGGGGAUGCGGAGGAGGAUAUCUCACGGUAUGAUGACGACGCCGAAUAUAUCGACAAGUGGCUGGAUGAGAAUGAGAACAGGAGCCCUGGUCCUACUACUUCUUCUUCUUCUUCAGCUCCCUGGAUCGCAGCAUACAUCGACCUAGAACAUUACGGACAGACGCAAGUCUGGGUCUUUGCGAGCUGGGAAGAUCAGCGUCAAUACCAAAAUCAAAAUGCGCCGCUGGCUGCUGAAUCUGACCAAGAAGACGACGACGACGUCAAACACACCGCCACCGACACCAGCCACGAUCCUGAUCCUGAUCCUCGCCACAAAUCCCUCAUGACCGCUUUGUUCAACUACAUCUACACCACUCUCAUCCCGCAAAUGCCCACCGAACCCAACGACGAAUGGCUCGUCCUCAAACGCACGGGAAAAUCACUGACGCUGCCAUACUCGCGCAACAAGAUUUUGUUCGGGACAAUCAAUACGAGACUAUUACAGUGGAUUCCGGAACAAGCUCGAGCUAGAAUCGACGAUGGGUAUUUGAAAUACGUUUUCACGAUCAACAACAGCAAUGACAACGACAAACCGCCUUCUUCCUCUUCCGAUCCGUCGUCAACGUCAUCAUCAUCAACAACCUGCUCGUCAUCGUCAUCGUGCCCCUCCUCCUCAGCGUCGAAUACUUCGUAUUCUCCGCUACCACCAGGUUACGUCUUCGGCCCGAUGCGUUCAGAACACUUACAAACUGUCCUCGAUCGGUCCGUGAUUCCGCGGACCUUGAGGACGUUGAAACAGUUGCCUUCGGUGGGUGUUUUCAUUGAUCCUUCAAGUCAACCAGCAGAGUCGGGCUCGAACCGUGACCCUGAAGCUGCAGAUAGUGAUAGUACUGCUCGACCAGUCGCAUGGGGUUUCCUCGGCAAAGACGCCAGUCUAUCAAGUCUGCAUACGGAACCGGAACAUCGGGGGAAAGGUCUAGCUGCGAGUCUUGCUAGGGAACUUUUGAGACGAAGCGCCGGCACGAGCACGAGCACACCAAUGCAGACACAGACGCAGACGCAGACUCAGACUCAACCGAGCUUGAAGAUAGAUCAAAAACACGAGCACAACAACUUGAACUCUUCAAAUCGUGGUGGACCUGGCUCCGCAAUUUACUUCGCUCACUCGGAUGUGUCUGUCUCCAAUAAGCAGAGUCGACGGGUCAUGGAGAAGUUGGGCGGGGUGCCGAUGUGGAAAGUGGCGUGGGUGGAGGCGGAUUUGGGUGUGGUUUUGGAGGGUUUGGGUCGGUCAUGAUAGAUGAGAGAGAAAUGGUGAUGAAGGUGAUGAGAAGACGAUGGUGAUGAUGAACAAGGCCAGAUGGUGAUCGAUAUGAGAUGGAGAUCACGACGAAGAUUAAGACGUAAGACCGAGAUCAGAUACACAGAGAGAUCAGAUGAAGACCGACAUCAAGACCAAGAGAGGUUCAAAAUCAUUCCGACACAUACAUAUAAACCUAGGUAGCUGCAUGUCGCAUGUUGUAUUGCGUAUCCAAGUCUGAUUAAAGACAGUGCAUUCAAUAUCUUCUGCCAAGCUCUCUCGAAAGUUGAAAGUUCGUAGUAUUUCCAAUCACUCUUCCAAAACGAUGGCACAACAAUAACAUAUAUUCUCUCA